AUGUCUAAUCCCACAAUGAAUAGCCCCGAUGAUGGUUCGCACAAGCGCAAGAGAACUGCCUCGGAGGAUCUAGGGCCAGAUCCCCAGCGUCUCAACCGCUCUUCUCACGGCAGCAACGGCAGCAUGGGAGACAACCAACACAACUUCGGCCACAGUCUGGGCAACUAUGAUCACGGACUUCCUAACACCGGAGCCGAAUUGAACAUUGAUCAACAGAUCCUGCAACACGUCGGUCCUCAGAACGGCCUGUCUGACGAUAAUGCUUUAACCGCCAAUGCCAAAGCCGCUCUGGCGGCCCACACCCCUCAACACAAGUACCCCCCUCCUCCCGAUGCCGGCUUCGACGCCAGCAAUCUCACCCAAGGACUAUCCUUUGGCGAUGAGAUGAACCAAACUCCUAUGGGUGGUGGCCACAACCACAACUCCACCGCCGCUGCGGUCUAUGCCGCGCGUGAGGCCCAAAGCAUGAACCAGAAGCCCACCGUUGGCUCCCCUGAGUGGCACCAGAUCCGCAAGAACAACCACAAAGAAGUGGAGCGUCGACGUCGUGAAGCCAUCAACGAGGGAAUUAACCAGAUCGCCCGUCUCGUGCCAAACUGCGAUAAGAACAAGGGCGCGAUACUCCAACGCGCCAUCGAAUACAUCCUUCAGCUCCAGGAAGACAAGAAGAACGUCGAAGAGCAGUUCGAAAAGCACAGUCUCACAACGAACCACGCCAUCAACGAGCUCGGCGGUUCCUGUCAAAAACUGAAGGGCGAGAUCGGCCGACGCAACGGAAUUGCUCUGAAGUGGCUGACCCGUUGCCGGGACGCGGGCCUAGAGUUCGAUGACUAUGAAGAGUCAAAGCAGCUAGAGACACUGGAGAUCGAAUAG